CUGUAAUGAGGUCUUCCAAAAAGCACAGUCUGCAAAAUGUCGAUCUAUUUUAUCCACAUUAUUUGCUGCACAUAUAAAAGAAGAAAUAUUAGAGAUCCAACCAAAAAAUGUGCUUCUGAUUAUUGAUCACUGCAUGGAUUACGCUAUUGAAAACAAAAAUCACAUAUUAAUUUUAGAGCUUGUAAGGUUAUACAUAUUCAGUUUUGAUUUUAAUUUGCAAAGACGUUUUGAAAAUAAGAAUAUAAAUUCUGCCGUCAUUGCCACACUCCUGCAAACAGCGAAAUGCAUGAUUUUAAGAAGAUGCCCAAGGCUUCGUCAAAAUGCAAUCAGUCUGUCGUUUUGCUAUGUAUGUAGUGAAGAAAGAACUCUUGUGAUGAUAAUGUCAUACAAUGGAAUUAUAGAAAUGAAAGAUGGAAUCCCGGAGAAAGCCAUGGGGAUUGAUCUUGUACUGUAUAACUAUACACAACCAUCUGAUGAGGCAUAUACUGUAUGUAAUUCCUUUAUGGCUUCUUCUUUCGCGAUAAACUUGCCUGUUAUUGCAGAAAAUGAAGCAAGAAAACUUUUUAAGAAGCAUUCUAACCUCACACUGAUAUCAGCAUCCCCAUUUAAAUCAAUAGGGUAUUCAAAAGGAAAGCAUAGGGUUGUCGAAAAACCAUGUAUUAGUCUAUUAUGUCUACAUAAAGGAUUUAUACCAAUUGGAGAAAGAGAGUUUCCAAAACAAAUCAAUGGGUUUGAUGUAGACGUGCAGGAGGGAUAUUGUUCUUUUGGAGGUGGUAGAUCUAUAGACUUUGGAGGACAUAUCCGUCGUGCAAGAGGAAUUAACACGCCUGGAAAUGGAAGCAUUGGGGGUUUUGUUGAUUUGCCAAAUGGUUUAUUUGGUUUAAUAACGUGUGCUCAUGUUGUAUUUUCAUCAGAUGAAUUAAUAAUACCAAAUAGUGAAAUGCUUAACUUUGUACUGGGCAAAGGGAUCGAUUUAAACGUAGAAUUUUUUGAUAAGACUCAGCAUAAUUUUCAAGUGUGUGGCACCAUUGUGAAUAAAAGUUUUCCAUCAUCAUCAGUCAACAAUUCAGUUGAUGCUGCUUUGAUCAAACUUGACCCAACUGUUAAUGAAUUUGAAUUUCCAGUUACUGAUCAACUUUAUUCAGCAGGAUUUGACCCAAACAAUCCGCCUUUGUUUACUGGCGAAGUUGUUAAUGUACCAGAUCCUGAUCCUGUUUCUAAAGUCAGCAGCAGAAUACCAGAUAAAUCAGACAGUGUCGUAAAAUACGGUAGUAAAACAAGAUUUACUAUUGGAAAUCUUUACUUUAAUGGGGCACAUAUCCGCUUUGUGGACGAUACUGGAAACUUGCCAGACAAUACUAUUGCUGUAAUGUGUAACCAAAUUGAAAUUCAGAGCCUUCCUCAUGGAACAUUUUUUGAGCCUGGUGAUUCUGGAGCCUUUGUGUUUUGUAUCAACCCUGAUAAGAAACUGAGUUGUAUAGGGAUGGCCAUAGGUUCUACAACGAAAGGAACCUGUUUUGUAACACCAAUGACUAGAAUUUUAGAUUCUUUUGGUCUUCCUCAUAUAUUAAAGCCAGGUCCUUCAAUUUCCUCUGAAAACACAUCUAGAUCGUCGGGAAAUCCUUCAAGUUCUCACUUAUCACAACAAAGUAAUGCAUCGUCCGAGCUAGGUUUAGAAGCAAUACUGCUUAAAUUACAAAUGUCAAUAACUGAUGUUCAAAAUCAGCAAAGAAACAUUCAGUCUUCAUUACAUAGUGUGCAAAUAGAAGUUGGGAAUUUAAAGACGGAAGUUGGAAAUUUGAAAACGGAAGUUCAAGCAGAAUUUGGAAACUUGAGAACAGAAGUUCAAAGGGAAGUUGGAAACUUGAGAACGGAGGUUCAAGUAGAAAAUGAAAAUUUGAGAACGCAAGUUCAAACGGAAGUUGGGGUUCUGAAAACUCAAGUUCAAGAAAUUAAGGAGGAAUAUACGACCAGGUCUUCUGUAAGCUCGCCUGACAUCAAUCAAAAUUAAAUACCUUUGUGAUCAUCCUGUACUGAAUCCUAUACUGAGUUUACAGACGUAAUCUUGGUCAACCUUUUGGAUUACUGAUGGCUGAUAAUUAUAAUUAAUAUCCUAUAAAGCAUUACUUUAGCUCUACUGGUGGACAACAAGAAAAAUUCAUGCGAUAGCUAGGUGUGUAUUACAACGCACUUUGAAAAAUCAUUAAAUUUGGGAUCCAGUAACAUGAAAUGCAUAAAUAUAAAUAUACAUUUUAUUUUCAAAGUGCGUUAAUAUAGAUCAUAUUAAAAAAUAAGCACGGCCUAGUCAUAUUCUGCUUUGUUUAAGAUAUAAUAAAGAAUGAUUGGAACCCUUUUAGAUAAUUUUUUCAUGAAGACGUGACAUAAGGAUCUGAAAUAUAGACGCUUAUAAGAAUGCAAGAAAUGUGGCAAAAUGGAAUCUAAGUUUGUAUGCUCAAUGAAAACAAUUUUCCGACACAACAUCGUUCAUUUUAAAUAUAUUUGAUACGUAUUUAAAAGUUGUUUAUUCUCAAGAAAGUGGCCUUUAUUUAACAGCUUGUUAUUUUUUAGAUAAGUAUUUAGAUGAUUAUAAAUUAAUCAUAAAUUUGAUUUUGUGAUUUGUAUUUGAUGUCGAAAAGUUUCUUUCGCCAGAGAUUAGUCAAUUGGCAAUUCUUGCUAAGAUCUUCGAUAUGAGAUGGCUCCUCAGCUUCAAUUGAUAUGGAGCGUUAUUUUUUUUUUAAGAAAAGCUUUGUUCAUUUUCCUUUUCAUUAAUUGUUAGUCAAUUUAAAUCUUAUGAGAAAAUGUGAUAACAUUUUGGAAAGAAAAAUAAAAAAGG